UAUGUAUGUACAGAGAUAAUUAUUUAUUGUAUGCAAUUUUGCCGUCAUGGGGUCUCGAACAAGUUGCAUAUUUUGCGAUAUCAUUAAUAACAAAGAACCAAGCGAAAAAAUAUAUGAGGAUAAUUAUGUGACAUGUAUUAAAGAUAUUCAUCCAGUUUCAACGCAUCAUUAUUUAAUAUUGCCAAAAGAACAUAUACGCAAUGCAAAACAACUUAAACCAGAACAUAUUGAACUUUAUGAUAAAAUGCUUGCCGCAAUAGAUAUAAUAUUACAAAAGCAAGGUUUGGAUCGUGCAGUUACACGUACAGGAUUUCAUUGGCCACCAUUUAAUACAGUGUCUCAUUUACAUUUACAUGUUAUUUCUCCUAUAUCCAAUAUAAAAUUUUAUAAAAGAUAUAUGUAUGAACCUGGUUCAUGUUGGUUUGUAAGCACUGAUUAUGUGAAAUCUCGACUUCAAGAUAAUAAAUUAAUUAUAUGAAGUCUCAAUUUGAAGAUAAUAAGUAAUAAUAUAAAAUUUUGUCAACCAUAAUAUCUAUUAAAAUUUUAUUAUAUCAGGUAAGCUUAAAAUCAAGAUCAGUAACUGUGAUAUUUUUUUUGGUAAAAAGU